AUGCAAGCAUCCUAUUAUUGCCAAAGAACAAUAGUUGUGAUUGGUCAUUUAUCAGUUGCAAUAAUGCCAUUAGUUGCUGGGCAGAUGGUGACCAACCAAGGGUUGAAAUUACGUCGGAUUUUGGCACGACUUUUUAAUACCUUAGUUAGUGGAUCAAAUGAAACAGAAGUAAAAGCGAUGAAGGACUUUAUUCGAUUGAUAAAGAAGCACCCACUGGAAGUCAAGUUAUUUUCAAAGAUUUCAUCCGGAACCUCUUUGGUGCCAGCUGUAUUGAUGUUGUCUGUAAACUAUCUCAUUGUUUUGUUGCAAUUUAAUCAUGUAAUUUAA